CGCCAGGCCUCCUGGCACCGUCGUUUUGCGCCUCGGCCGUCUGCGCUGCGAGGCGUUGUGCUUAGCGGGUGCAUAUACGGAAUCCCAGGGAAACUAUCUGUUGCCUUGUCGAGCUUCUGUCUCUAGGCUCAAGCUAAGCCCAUCUAGACCUAAAUUUGAUCGGUUCAGAUCCGUUCGCGGAGGAGAGUCGGAUGAACGGAGCCGCCGCAUUGCCACCAGCUGCACAAUCCGCGGGACUGCUGAGCUCCGUGAAUCCCUCGCGUGCCGUGAAUCCCUCGCUUACCGUGAAUUCCUCGCGCGUCGUGAAUUCCUCGCGUGACUGCCCGAUCGCAGGAUACCCGACCAGAUUGAAACCAGAGGCGACCGCAUUCGUGGGUGAAUCCGCCGGAAUUUGUCGUCUGGUAACUAGAUCGUCCAAGAACGACACGGCAUUUCUCUUGUCGUCGCGAGCCGUUUUGUCUGCAAGUUCGUUGUCCUGCUGCGAGAGAAAAGCACCGAGGCACGACGCACCCUGUCGCCUUAUCUGCCACGUGUCAUCCAUGGCGGAUUCCAGAGGUCCGCGUGUAGCGGAUGCUGACGUGGAUAUGGUAGACGAUGUUCAAGCUGAUCAACCAAACCUGCAGGGCGAUGCUGACAUGUCUCUAUCCGACGGUCACGAUCCGGAGAUCAUAAAAUCCGAGGAGGAUAAGAAGGCGUACCGUAUGGUAACGCUCCCAAAUGGGUUAAUUACCCUUUUGAUUUACGACCCUGAGAUUGCCGCGUCAGGGGAUGAUGAGGAUGAUGAUGAGGAGGAGGAGGAGGAUGAGGAGAUCGAGAGUGAGGAAAGCGAUGAGGAGAUGAGUGUGGCUGAGGAGGCUGGGGAUAGUGGUGGGUCAAAAAGCAGUAAAAAGGGCAAGGGGGGGAAGGGAACAGAGGGGGGGAAGGCCAAGGGGCGAAAAGGUGCUAGUAAAGGAGGUAAAGGAGGUGAUGAUAACGAGGGUGAGGAUAGCGAUUGGGAGACAGCGAGUGAGGAAGAAGAGGGGGAGGGGGAGGAUGGGGGAUUUGAAGGAAAGGAGGGAGAGAAGGCAAAGGUGGCAGAUACCCGGGGGAAGGAAGGCAAGGAGGGGGCAGCAGGGGUUGAGAAGACGGGCGGAGAGGGGAAGGCGACAGGGAAGAGGAAGAAAGUGGGGGGGAUUCGGCUGGGCGGUGGUGGCGCUGGGCGGAAGGGGAAGGUUGGGGAGAAGAGUGGGGCGAAGGGAGCGGUAGGAGGAGAGGGGGAUGAGGAGGUUGAAGAGGGUAGUGAGGAGGAGAUGGAGAGUGGAGAGGAGGAGGAGUAUGAUGAUGAGGAUGAGGAGGGGGAUUCUGAUGAGGAAGAUGAGGAGGAUGAUGAGGAUGAUGAUGACCAACCAGGAGCAGCAAAGAAGCUGGCAGCAGCUGCAAUGUGUGUGGGGGUGGGAAGCUUCCUCGAUCCACCCGAUGCUCUCGGCCUUGCACAUUUCCUCGAGCACAUGCUGUUCAUGGGCAGCGUCAAGUUCCCUGAUGAGAACGAGUACGACUCGUUCCUGAGGCGGCAUGGGGGGGGCUCCAACGCGUUCACAGAGACGGAGUUCACGUGCUACCACUUCGACGUGGCGCACAAGUACCUGCACCCUGCGCUGGACAGGUUUGCGCAGUUCUUUGUGGCGCCGCUAGCCAAGGCAGAAGCAAUGGAGCGAGAGGUUCAGGCUGUGGACUCUGAGUUCAACAUCAGUCUGCAGAGCGACGUGUGCCGCGUGCAGCAGCUGCAGUGCUUCACUUGCGCCCAGCCCGACCACCCCUUCCACAAGUUCUCCUGGGGCAACCGCAAGAGCCUCAUCGACGACCCCGCCGCCCUGGGCGUCGACAUGAGAGAGCGCCUGCUGCAGCUGUACUCGCGGUUCUACACUGCGGGAGCUAUGCGACUGGUGGUGGUGGGAGGAGAGCCCCUGGACACCCUGGAGUCAUGGGUGCGGCAGCUCUUCUCCCCCAUCCCCCCGGGCGGCAGCGGCAUCCACCCGCUGGUGCACCAGCUGCCACCACCAGUCACCUUCUCGGCGCGCUCCCAGGACUCGGAAAUGCUCGGGCCUGACCAGGAGGACGCGGGGAAAGGGGAGGUGCUGGGAGGGGGAUGCGAUGGCAGUGCUGCUGUUGCUGGCGGUAACGGUGCUGCUGCUGCUGGCGGUGGUGCUGUUGGGGGAAGGAAGGGUCCUCUGGCAGCGGUUCUGGCAGGGAGUAGAGCGGCGUCAGAGGUGUCUACAGCUGCCACGGCCGCUGGUGGUGCUGGGAAGGGUUCUGAGGCGUGUAGGAAAGGCACCGCUGGUGGGAUGCAGGUGGGGAAGACAGGAAGGAGUGCAGAAAAAUGGGGCGGUGGGAAGGUUGAGGGGGAGGAGGGGGAGAGGGGAGAGAGAGCAGGUGCGGCGGAAGGGGGCGAUGGGGGGCAGUGGAGGGGGGUGUGGGAGGGGGGCCGGCUGUACGAGGUGGCGAGUGUGAAGGAGCAGCAGCAGGUGUCGCUCAUGUGGUCGCUGCCGUGCCUGCAUGGCGAGUACGAGAGCAAACCGCACGACUACAUCUCGCACCUUAUUGGGCAUGAGGGCAGCGGCAGCCUGCUAUCUCUGCUCAAGGGCAAGGGAUGGGCAACCGAACUGGCAGCGGGGGUGGGGGAGAGCGGAUACGAGAAGAGCUCCCUCGCCUUUGUCUUCACCGUUACAGUCACACUCUCAGAUGACGGCCUCAAGCACGCUCUAGACGUGGUGGGAACGGUGUUCCAGUACAUCACCAUGCUGCGCCAGGCCCCCCCCCAGCACUGGGUGUUUGAGGAGCUUCAGGCCAUCGCAGUAAUGGACCUGCGGUUUGCAGAGGAGGAGUCGCCGGAUGAGUACGCCGUCAGGCUUGCAGGCAACAUGUUCUACUACCCCAAGCGCCACGUGAUAGCAGGGGACUACAUCCAUGACAAGUGGGAUCCGGAUCGGAUUGCCUACCUGCUCUCUCUGCUCUCACCCCACUCUGUGCGCCUGGACCUGCUCACACACUCCUUCGACCACAGCAGGGAAGGCAUUCUCAAGGAGCCCUGGUUUGGCGUGCCCUACACCACCACCCAGGUGCCUGCGUCCCUGCUGGACCAAUGGGCGAGCGACACGUGGCUGAACCCCGACCUGUGCAUGCCCCCGCGCAACGAGUUCAUCCCCACUGACUUCUCCCUGCGCCCCUCCAAGACCACCACCACUGCUGCUGCUCCCACUGCGGCCACCACUGCUGCCGCCACCGCUGCUGCUGCAAGCACUGCUCCCUUGGCUCUCAACACAGCCCCCGUUACCGCUGCCACCACCACCGCUGCCGCUACGACAUCUGCUCCUGUCUUGGGUUCUAGUCCUGGUGGCGAUACUUGUGCUGUUAGCAGUAGUCAGCCACUUAACGGCAGUGCGCCCAGCGUUCCCCGCGUGGUUCUGGAGGACGGGCGGUGCAAGGUGUGGCACAAGCAGGACGACGUGUUCCUCACUCCGCGCCUCAACGCCCACUUCGCCCUCUCCUCCCCCUCCGCCUGCGACUCUGCCCGUUCCGCUGCGCUCACGGAACUGGCUGUCAAGCUGAUUGAGGACUCCUUGAACGAGACGCUCUACCUGGCGAGUGUGGCCAAGCUAGACACGGUCAUGUCGGUGCAGGGCUUUAAGAUCGAGGUCCGCAUCACAGGGUUCAGCCACAAGCUGCCAGCGCUUGCCGCCCGCAUCUUCCGCCACAUCAGCACGUUCCAGGCGGCUGCCGACCGCUUCAGUGCCCUCAAGGAGGAGCGGUGCCGGGCGUACCGCAACGCGCUCUUAAAGCCCCUCAAGCACUCGGCAUACCUGCGCCUGCUGCUGCUGCGCACGCCGGCCUGGACCAUCCCCGAUAAGCUAUCGGCGCUGAGUGCAUGCGAGGUGGAGGACUUGAAUGCAUUCCUCAAGUCCCUCUUCUCUUGGGUGCACAUGGAGGUGCUGAUCCAUGGCAAUGCAACAGAAGCAGACGCUCUAUCACUAGCUGCAGCCGUCACCGACACGCUCCCGGUGCCCGCCCCUCCACUGCUGGAGAUCCCAGCCGAGCGCUGCCUGCAGCUGCCACGUGGCGCGUCCCUGUUGGUGGAGAGCCCGGUGGGGAACCCAGCAGAGGAGAACUCAGCAGUGGAGGUGUAUUACCAGGCAUGCCAGGACCUGGGCCGAGCGUCCAUCAGAGACCGCUCGCUCGUGGACCUGCUAGAGCAGGUCAUGUCAGAGCCUCUGUUCGACACAUUGAGGACCAAGGAGCAGCUGGGGUACCGCGUGGACUGCGGCACGCGCCUCACCCACGGCGUCUUUGGCUUCUGCAUCCGCGUGCAGUCAGCCGAAUAUGGCCCGGAUUACCUGCAGGGCAGGGUAGACUCGUUCCUCAAGACCUUCCGAGACAACCUGAGCGCCCUACCGGAGACUGACUUCAGGGCGCACAGGGCGGCCCUGCAGGUGCUGAAGAUGCGCAAAGACCACACGCUGGGGGAUGAGACGCACCGCUACUGGGAGCAGAUCUGGGAGGGCAGCUCUCUAUUCAACUCGCGCCAACUGGAAGCCGUAGCUCUCUGCAACAUCACGCUUGCUGAGCUGUGCGCGUGGUUCGACCGCCACGUCAGCAUGACACCUGUCAGUGAUGACGUGGACAGCUUCACAGAAGGCCCGGCUGUCGAGAAUGGAGGGGGCAAUGGGGAGGCUGGAGGGGAGGCGGGUAAUGGGGAGGCUAAUGAGGGGGAUGGGAGAGGGAAGGUGCAUGCGAGACGGGCUCUGGUGCACGUGUGGGGGGCAGGGAAGUGGAAGGAGAGAGGGGAGGUGAGCAGCGAGGAAGGGGAGAAGGAUGCUGGGAAGGUUGAGAAGGGUGGGAAGAAGGGUGGCAAGGAUGGCAAGGAUGGCAAGGAGGGUGCUGCUAUCACUAGUAAGGAUGGUGGGUGGAGGGAAGGGCAGGUGGUGGUGGAGGUGGGGGAUAUAGAGAAGGAAAAGGCUUCUCUUGAGCUGUUUCCGCUGGUCAAACUGGUGGCUGUGUGAUUGCGGUGGCAAAGGCUGCACUGUUGUUGACUCAGCUUUUCUCGCAGUGUGCGAAGCUGCGAGAGUCAGAGGUGGGAUACACAGGUGUGUGCUGCACUGCACGCACGCAGACUUUUGAGUCUACUCAAAAGUCAGCUCGUAAUUGCGGUGGCACAAGCUGCACUGUUGUUGACUCAGCUGUUCUCGCAGUGAGAGUAGCUGCGAGCAGCGACAUUCAUAUUAGGUGGGAUACACGGGUGUGUGCUGCACUGCACGCACGCAUUGCUGGUCGUGGGUGUGCAUGUGCAACACCUUAAGAGAGCGUGCCGUAAACCAAACCACUGAAAGGUGCACCACUGUCUGUUGUUACCCUCCGGUAAUGGCUUCAAUUUGUGGUGCUUUUUUUGGCAGCAUUAGUUAUGGUGUAGUAGUUGAUGCAGGCCCUCAGAUUCGUUUUAGGCCACUGAAUUUUCAGGGUCGGUACACAAAGGCACCCUGAAAACACCCUGAAAAUCAGGGUUGGUACUGUUUUUAAACUAUCUAUACUAUUCCAACGA